UCUCCUUCAUUUUUUUGACGUGUUUAAUAAAAAAGACGAUCAUCAAACAUGCUUGACAUCAACUUGCUUUUGGUUGAACGUGGUGGUAAUCCCGAAUUAGUUAAAGAAUCUCAAAAGAGACGUGGCGCUUCUACCGAAAUUGUAGAUGAAAUCAUUGCUGAAUACAAAGAAUGGACCACCAUUCAAUUCAAUAGUGACCAAAAGAAUAAGGAGGCUAAUGCUAUUCAAAAGGAAAUUGCCAAAAAGUAUAAGGCUAAGGAAGAUCCUAGUGAAUUAAUUGCUAAAAAGAAUGCCCUCCAAAAGGAAAAAGAAGCUCUUGUUGCUCAAGCCAAAGAACAAGAAAUUUCUUGGAAGAAUAAGUUAAAUCUUCUUGGUAACAUUGUUCAUUCUUCUGUUCCUACUUCUAUGGAUGAAGAUAAUAAUGAAGUAAUCCGUACUUACAAUCACAAUGGUGUUGAGCCUGUUAAGAGAACCGACAUCAUGUCACAUCAUGAAGUUCUUAGCCGUUUAGACGGUUAUGAUCAAGAUCGUGGUGCCAAGAUUGCUGGUCAUCGUGGUUACUUCUUGACAAAUGUAGGUGUUGACCUUAACUUGGCUUUGAUUAGUUAUGGUCUCAACUUCCUCGCCAGAUAUGGUUAUAAGAAGUUACAAACUCCUUUCUUCAUGAAUAAAGAUAUGAUGGCCAAGACUGCUCAAUUAUCACAAUUUGAUGAAGAACUUUAUAAGGUUUCUGGUGAUGGUGAAGAUAAGUAUCUUAUCGCUACUUCUGAACAACCCAUUUCUGCUUUCCAUGCAGGUGAAUGGUUCGAGAAGCCUUCUGAACAAUUGCCCCUUAAAUAUGCUGGUUAUUCUACUUGUUUCCGUAAGGAGGCUGGUGCCCAUGGUAAAGACACUUGGGGUAUUUUCCGUGUUCAUCAAUUUGAAAAGAUUGAACAGUUUGUUUUGACUGACCCCGAGAAAUCCUGGGAAAUGUUUAAUGAAAUGAUUGAACACUCCGAAGAAUUCUUUAAGAGCUUAGGUCUUUCUUAUCGUGUUGUUGCUAUCGUUUCUGGUGCUUUAAAUAAUGCUGCUGCUAAGAAGUACGAUUUAGAAGCCUGGUUCCCUUACCAAGGUGAAUACAAGGAGCUUGUCUCUUGUUCAAACUGUACCGAUUAUCAAUCUCGUAACUUAGAAAUUCGUUGUGGUGUCAAGAAGAUGUCUGAUCGUGAGAAGAAAUAUGUUCACUGUCUUAACUCUACACUUUGCGCUACUGAAAGAGCUAUGUGUGCUUUAUUGGAAACCUGGCAACGUGAAGAUGGUUUGGAAGUUCCUCCUCCUUUGGUUCCCUACAUGGAUGGUAAGACCUUCAUUCCUUACACCAAGCCUAGACCCACUCAAAAGAAAUAAAUAUUAAAUAUUUAAUACAAUUGUAAUAAAACUAAUGGCAUCUCUUUUAUAAACAUCA